AUGAGAGAGAUCUUGCACGUUCAAGGAGGCCAAUGCGGGAACCAAAUCGGAUCCAAAUUCUGGGAGGUCAUCUGCGAUGAGCACGGCAUUGAUCCCACCGGUAAAUAUGUGAGCGAAGGCGGUAACGAUACGCAAUUGGAGAGGAUCAAUGUGUAUUACAAUGAAGCUUCUGGUGGAAGAUAUGUUCCCAGAGCAGUUCUUAUGGAUCUUGAACCUGGUACUAUGGAAAGUAUCAGAUCUGGUCCCUUUGGGAAGAUCUUUAGGCCUGAUAAUUUUGUUUUUGGUCAAUCUGGUGCCGGCAAUAAUUGGGCCAAAGGUCAUUAUACCGAAGGUGCUGAGUUGAUUGAUUCUGUUCUUGAUGUUGUUCGUAAAGAAGCCGAGAAUUGUGAUUGCUUGCAAGGUUUUCAAGUUUGCCACUCUCUUGGAGGAGGUACUGGUUCUGGCAUGGGAACACUAUUAAUAUCAAAGAUUAGGGAGGAAUACCCGGACAGAAUGAUGCUUACUUUCUCUGUUUUCCCAUCUCCAAAGGUGUCCGACACAGUUGUUGAGCCAUACAAUGCUACCUUAUCUGUACACCAACUGGUAGAAAAUGCAGAUGAGUGCAUGGUUCUUGACAAUGAAGCGCUUUAUGACAUUUGCUUCAGGACAUUAAAACUCAGCACCCCUAGCUUUGGAGAUCUGAACCAUCUAAUUUCUGCAACCAUGAGCGGGGUUACCUGUUGUCUGAGGUUUCCUGGACAGCUGAACUCUGAUCUCAGGAAGCUGGCUGUCAAUCUGAUUCCAUUCCCACGUCUUCACUUCUUUAUGGUGGGUUUUGCACCUCUCACUUCUCGUGGGUCACAACAAUAUGUAUCCCUUACCGUCCCGGAACUGACUCAGCAAAUGUGGGAUGCGAAAAAUAUGAUGUGUGCUGCUGAUCCCCGACAUGGCCGGUACUUGACUGCAUCUGCUAUGUUCAGAGGAAAGAUGAGCACCAAAGAGGUGGAUGAGCAAAUAAUCAAUGUGCAGAACAAGAAUUCAUCGUACUUUGUUGAAUGGAUUCCCAACAAUGUGAAGUCUAGUGUCUGUGAUAUUCCACCCAAGAAUUUGAAGAUGUCGUCCACUUUUAUUGGGAAUUCAACUUCAAUUCAAGAGAUGUUUAGGAGGGUUAGUGAACAGUUCACUGCUAUGUUCCGGCGCAAAGCCUUUUUGCAUUGGUACACUGGGGAGGGAAUGGAUGAGAUGGAGUUCACAGAGGCAGAGAGUAACAUGAAUGAUUUGGUAGCAGAGUACCAACAAUACCAGGAUGCAAUUGCCGAGGAGGAAGAUUAUGAAGAAGAAGAGGGUGAUGAGCAGCCGUAUGAUGAGCAUUAG